AUGAUAGUGCUUCAAGCAACUUUAUCAUCAAGACAGUUAUCACCAACUUUAGAGCUAAGUAUUGUGCCUUUAAGAUGCUUCUUACCAAUUCUGGAUUCAAGAACUAAUACUAAUAUUCAAAAUGAUUUCUAUUAUUCUCUAAUUAGUUCAACAGUUGCAUCUUUAAGAAAGUUAUCAACUCUAGAAUCAAACUCUUCUAAUAAUAUGCUUGGCUAUUUUAAUCUUAAUAAUACAGUUAUUUCAUUACCAUUUAGUGAUAUGUCAAUUUAUCAGAUUUGCUUGUGGUUAUGUUCAAAUCCAAAUAUUUUGCAGCUUGCAAAUUGUAUGAAUUUUUUAAUGCAAACUUUAGCUGCAAAUGGCUCAUAA